AUGUUGGUUACUGGUGAUAGUCUAAAAAUGAUUGAAGAAAGCAAGAGUGAACUACAACAAAUAUUCAAAAUGAAGGACCUAGGGGAAUUGAAGUACUUUCUAGGAAUAGAAUUUGCUAGAUCAAAGGAAGGAAUUUUGAUGCACCAAAGAAAAUACUCAUUAGAACUCAUCUCAGAGUUGGGACUGUCAGCUGCUAGGCCAAUAUGUACUCCAAUUGACAUCAAUGUGAAGCUGACAACAAAGGAAUAUAAUGACUAUCUGAAGAACAACAAUGCAAAACAAUUAAAGGGUAACAAUGCAAAAGAACCACUACUAUCAGAUGUAGGCUCAUACCAAAGACUGAUAGGAAAAUUACUACAUCUUACAGUUACAAGACUAGAUAUUGCCUUUAGUGUGCAAACCUUGAGUCAAUAUCUUCAACAACCAAAGAAGUCACACAUGGAACCAGCUACAAGAAUUGUUAGAUACAUUAAGAAUCAGCCAGGACAAGGAGUGUUGAUUUCCAACAAACCAAUUCAAGAAGUAACAGCAUUUUGUGAUGCUGAUUAG